AUGGGCAACGAGUCCCAGCUGCCAGCAGGCAUCGUCACCCUGCUGGACACGGACCUGUACAAGCUGACGAUGCAAUGUGCAGUCCUAAAAUACUUCCCAGAUGUUUGUCAGUACUCUUACUCCGAACUGGGCGAUACCCAAACUGACACACGAGCAGCGGUGACAUACGGCUACACAAAUCGGACCCCGCACAUGAAGCUGCGCCGCGGGGCAUACAAAUGGCUCCUGGAACAGAUGGACAAACUAGCCAAUGUCCGCGUAACAGCGGAAGAACGCCAAUUCCUCCGCGAAAAAUGCCCUUACCUAAACGACGCGUACAUCACCUUCCUCGAAACCUUCCACCUGAAACCGGCGGAACAAAUCGAAAUCAAAUUUAUCCCGGUACAAGAUACAGGCAGCGAUGACGACGAAGGCAAUAUCGAGUACAUCAUCAAGGGAUUGUGGCUGGACACGAUCCUGUACGAGAUCCCGUUACUGGCGCUGACCAGCCAGGCCUAUUUCAUGUUCACCGAUAAGGACUGGGAUUAUGAAAAUCAGGAGGACAAGGCUUACCGGAAGGGCUGUACGUUGCUUGAGAAUGGGUGUGUCUUUUCUGAGUUUGGAUCGCGUCGUAGACGUGAUUAUCACACUCAGGACCUUGUUAUGAGGGGUCUUACUCGUGCUGCAGAGGAGGGGAAGAGACAGGGUUGGAGUGGUGUUCUGUCUGGUACUAGCAACGUUCAUUUUGCCAUGAAGUAUGGUGUACCUGCUGUUGGGACUGUUGCGCAUGAAUGGUAUAUGACCAUUGCGGCUAUUACAGAUGAUUAUGAGAAUGCCAAUGAGUUGGCGUUGAAGUAUUGGCUGGGUUGUUUCGGGGAGGGGGUCCUUGGUAUUGCGCUCACCGAUACUUUCGGUACACCUGCUUUCCUGGAUGCUUUCAAGAGGCCAAUCUCGGUGCCGGAUCAGAAGCCUGAUCCAUCUGCUAAGAGCUAUGCUCAGGUUUACACUGGUAUCCGCCAGGACUCUGGUGACCCGACCUACUUUGUCAAGAUGGCUCGUGAUUUCUAUGAUGGCCAGGGUAUCUCCGAUACAAAGGUCGUUGUGUUCUCAGAUUCCUUGGAUAUCGAGCAUUGUCUUGAGUACAAAACCAUCGCUGAAGAGGCAGGCUUCAAGCCUACCUUCGGCGUUGGAACAUUCUUCACCAAUGACUACGUCAGUAAAUCAAGUGGUGAAAAGUCCAAGCCCCUUAAUAUUGUCAUCAAGAUCGCAACCGCAAAUGGCAGCCCCGCUGUCAAGCUCAGUGACAAUAUGGGCAAGAAUACAGGUGACCAGGACAAAGUCCGGGAAGUCAAGAAGAAGCUUGGCUACGUCGAGCACUCCUGGGAAGAAGGCGAUGAAAGCAAUCGCUGGAAAAAGCAGGAAUGA